AAAAUAAAUGCUAAGCUUCAUGAUGGAGUAUGUCAGCAUUGCAAAGGUAUCUUGGAGUGGCGAGUAAAAUUCAGCAAGUACAAACUACUGUCAAAGCCUAAAAAAUGUGUGAAAUGCCUUCAGAAGACUGUAAAAGAUCCUUACCAUAUUAUUUGUCGACCAUGUGCUGGUAAAUUAGACAUUUGUGCUAAAUGUGGAAAAGAAGAAGAAAUAGUAAUUCCGAUUGAUAAAGGACAGGAGGGAACUGAGAGUAUGACUGCUGAAAAUGGCCAAGAAAGCAGUGGAUUGGAGGAUGAGCUGAACUUCAGUUGUACAGACAGUAAUGAAGAUUCUGAUUUGCUUGAAGAACAAUUUAAAAGUAUGAAUAUUGAAAGGACAGAGAUGUAA